AUGGCCGCGUCCGAGGACGAGAGCAGCUGCCUCGUGUCGCGGGGCCGCUCUCAGAGUGACCCCAGCGUCCUCACCGACUCCUCGGCCACCUCCUCCGCGGACGCCGGGGAGAACCCAGAUGAAAUGGACCAAACCCCCCCAGUGCGCUCCGAAUAUCUGGUCUCAGGGAUUCGAACUCCCCCCGUGAGGAGGAAUAGCAAGCUGGCCACCCUGGGCAGAAUCUUCAAACCCUGGAAAUGGAGGAAAAAGAAAAACGAAAAACUGAAGCAGACCACGUCAGCCUUGGAGAAGAAGAUGGCCGGCAGGCAGGGCCGGGAGGACCUCAUCAAGAAGGGGCUGCUGGAGAUGAUGGAGCAAGAUGCUGAGAACAAAGCAUGCAGUCCCGACGGAGAGCCCCGCGCUGCACAGAGCGAACCCUCCACACCCCGGCAGGAGCCGCUGACGUCAGAGGAAGCCCCGCCGGGAAGCCCUCUGGCCACAGGGACAGACCAGGCCUCCCUGGAUGAGCCGCUGGCCUCGGAUAACCAUGCUGACGAUGCAGCCAAGAUGUCGUCAGCAUCCAGAGAGGAAGAAGCAGACGCCGCCAGCAGCCUCCCACCUAGCACAGACGAGCCCUCUCAAGCCUUAGCUGCGUCCGACUCCCUGGACAGUCCUCCCAGACCCCUGGAGAGAUCCGUGGGCCAGCUCCCAAGCCCCCCACUGCUGCCCACCCCACCACCCAAGGCAGGCUCCAGAACCACGAGAAGUGUCACAGGCCAGGCCACACUCUUUCAAGGCUCUGGCGGGAAAAGUACUGACCCUUCCCUCCGAGGACAGCUUUCCACGCCCACGGGGUCUCCUCAUCUCACCACUGUCCACCGGCCUCUGCCCCCCAGCCGCGUCAUUGAGGAGCUGCACAGGGCGCUGGCCACCAAGCACCGCCAGGACAGCUUCCAAGGCAGGGACAGUAAAGGGUCCCCGAAGAAGCGCAUGGAUGUCCGGCUGUCGAGGACGUGCAGUGUGGAGCGGGGCAAGGAGCGGGAGGAGGCCUGGAGCUUCGACGGGGCCCCUGACGGUAAGCGGACUGUGGCCAAGGAGUCUGAGGAGAAUAAGGAGAACCUGAUCCUGAAUUCUGAACUCAAGGACGACCUGCUCUUGUAUCAGGACGAAGAGGCCCUGAACGACUCCAUCAUCUCUGGGACCCUGCCAAGGAAAUGCAAGAAGGAGCUCCUAGCGGUGAAGCUGAGGAACCGGCCCAGCAGGCAGGAGCUGGAGGACCGAAACAUCUUCCCCCAGAGGACGGACGAGGAGCGGCAGGAGAUCCGGCAGCAGAUCGAAAUGAAGCUCUCCAAACGACUGAGCCAAAGACCCGCGGUGGAGGAACUGGAGAGAAGAAACAUCUUGAAACAAAGGAAUGAUCAGACAGAGCAAGAAGAAAGAAGAGAAAUCAAGCAAAGGUUGACAAGAAAGCUUAAUCAGAGACCCACGGUUGAUGAACUGAGAGACAGAAAAAUUCUGAUACGAUUCAGUGAUUAUGUGGAGGUGGCGAAAGCACAGGACUAUGACAGACGGGCAGACAAACCCUGGACGAGACUGUCGGCAGCAGAUAAGGCAGCAAUUCGUAAAGAACUGAAUGAAUACAAAAGUAAUGAAAUGGAGGUGCAUGCAUCAAGCAAGCAUCUGACAAGAUUCCACAGGCCAUAGAGAUUUUCUUCUGAGAAGAAUUGUGCUUAAUUUUUGAUACCAACACUGAACAUUCAUCAGCGAGCUUUCCUGAAGUUCAGCUCAUGACUACCUGCUGUGGUUGCCAGAGAAGCAGGACCACACACACAGGUGAAAUCCUGGCCACGCUCACCUGUGAGAGAAUGACCAGAGGACACCCUUCACUCUCUGGGGCCUGAGGAGUGUCAGCUGUUUGGGGUCAGAAGAGACCCCAGGGACUCGACCUGAAGAAAACUGUUGUUUGCCUUCCCGCCUUGUUUUGCAGUUCUGCGGUGUGACCGAGGAUGGUGACGUGCGUGUGCAGGGUCACCACACUGAGGCUAUGACCAAGGGACGUGUACACAGUGUCUUCAGUACCAUGUGGA